UAACAUUCUGAAAUUUUGUAUUCAUUAAUAAUUAAUAUUUUAUACUAUUAUCUAUUACUGUGCACUGUGCAGGUAUUAAAAAUUUACAAUAUUAUGUGAAUUGUCAAGUCAUCGUUUUUUGAGUAGUCUUGCAUUCAAUAUUUCAAUCGUUAUUCAUAAAUCAAAGUACAAUCUAUUCAAAUAAUUACCAUUAAACAAUCUCUUAACUUAAAAUUAAUAAGUGUUAGCAAAUUGAAUAAACAAAAAACUUAUGAACUGUAUGAUUAUAAUGAUUCACAAUUUAUUCCCUAAGUUGCAAGUAGGUGUGGCAUAGUCUAUAGAGAUUAUGAUUAUCUCAACCUUUACAUGGUCAUUACGCAAAAAGUAAUUUGUAAAUCAAUAACUUUGCAAUAAACAAAAAAUAAUAAAAUAAAAUGAGUCCUAAAGUAUUUGUUAACAUCUUGACUUCUCCUAAGUCUUUAUUUAGGAAAAACAUAACACAUGGAAUAUAUGUUCAGCAAAUAUAUAGGCGCUGGAAGAAUGAAACAAAUCUACCGCCAAAAGACUUCUGUAAAUUACAGACUAUGCAAGACAUUAAACUAAAACUAUCUAAUAUAAUGGGUAUAUCUGGAAAAUAUGAAAACGAAGAUAGAGGUUGGUUAUCUGAAUAUCUACCGAAAGAACAAAAUGAUCUACCCCCACGCUCUAUGAAUGAUAGUUUUGAUAGAGCUAUAGUUCCUUUAAGCACUGAUUUGGCAUUGCAAAAUAAGUACACUACAACAUUCAAAAGCUUACGAAUAGGACGCCUUUUGGAAGAUAUGGAUCUUUUUGCAGUUUGGAUUGUUAUGAAGCAUAUUUAUAAUCCAUUGCAACCUCCGGAUGUCCCAACCCCAUACGUUGUUGUAACAUUACUGGUAGAUGAUGUCGUCAUAAAUGCUAAUCGAUUUCCAGAUAAAGAUUUAAUUUUAAGUGGCCAAGUAACUUAUGCUGGCAAAACCUCAUUAGAGGUUACUUUGUGGCUGGAACAAUUUAACAAUGAUAAAUUUGAACGUAUUACCAGAGCUCAUUUUGUAUUUGUUGCUAGAGACCCAACAAAUACAUCAUCUGUCAUGGUAAAUAAUUUAGUACCAGUAGGAGAGCGCGAAAAAAAUCUAAUGAUUCUUUCUGCAAAAAAAAACGAGGAUAGAAAAAGGGCUCGCCAAAACUCAAUAUUGAAUAAAAUGCCAACACCAGAAGAACAAUCACUUAUAUAUGACACAUUUAUGAAAACAGUUAAUAGUAAAGAGCCAAUAAUUGGUAAUAAAGUAUUACCAGCAAAUAGUGUGUGGAUGGAUGACACUAUGCUUGAAACUAACAUUCUUUGUCAUCCUGAAGAUCGAAAUUUACAUAAUACUGUUUUUGGUGGUUAUUUGAUGCGUGUUGCUACUGAACUUGCAUUUUUAGUAGCAAGUGCGCACAGCAAAACAAGAGUAACAUUACAAUCAAUUAAUAGUAUUACAUUUCGUAAACCAGUUCCAAUUGGUAGCAAAUUAAAGUUAAAUGGAAAGAUAUGUUAUACCAGUGGUAGAGUAAUGAUAGUAGAAAUUAUUGCAAAAGUUGAAGAACUUGAAAGCAAAAAAAGUCUAACUUCAAACUCCUUUUAUCAUGUUUAUGUUGCUCCAAAUGAUGUCGAUUCAGUAUUACCUCAGAACUAUCAUGAUUCGAUGCUUUAUAUUGAUGGACGUAGACGAUACUUGGAUUUUGUUAACUUUUUAGAAAAAGGACAAUCAGAAAAUAACUGACCAACUAUGAGAAUUAUAGAAUAUUUUAAGUGAGGAGUUCAAUAUUCACACAUUCUGUUUUAAUUUUUAAGUAUAUAAUGAAACUUUAAAACUAAGAGGGUAUUGCUGAUAGGUAAACAGUCAUUAUUCAAUUCCAAAGGAAGCUUAAAAAAACAACAGCUUUUUAUUAAAAAAAUUACCUCUUUAAUUUUAUAAACUUAAUAUUUUCAUUUGUCGCAUUUUUGAGUUUAUAAUUUGUUAACUAGAUACAGAUUAUUUUGUAACUAUUUACUAAUACAUUUUUUACUAAUAUAUCAUUUCUAGUAUUAAAAAUAUUUUUAUGUAAUUUGUGUUAAACUAAUAAUAUACUCAUAGAAUUAACUUUAGCUGCCAAUUUAUAGCAAGCAGCCACCAUUCUAAAAUGAGUUUAUUUGUAAUACAAAAAUUAUGUAUGUAUUGUAUGUUUAAUUACUAAAUAUAACUAAAAAGUUUAUACAUAAAAAUAUUAUAUGAUCAAAAUUUAUAAUUGUACCCUAACUUUGAAUGUACCACUAGAAUAGUUCAAGACAGUACAUUAUUGAAUAAACGAAUGGUAGAAGCUUAUGCUUUGAAUCCAUCAUCAUAAAUAUAA